AGGAAAAAUCUUAUUAUUAUGAGUUGGCUCUUGUGCUACUCACAGUCGACUGUGUGUGUGUAUACUGACUCUCACUAAAGAACAAUAUGCAUGUUGAUAAAACCCGUGUAAAUCGGUGGGUGAGUGUGGCUCUCCUGACGGUGCUGGGCGUCUUCUGCUUGGUCUUGCUCCUCCAACUGGCUGCAAUGCUCUUUGGGCCCUCUAAAUCUGCCUGCACAAAACAAGUGUGCCUGUCCAAGUUCUUGGAGGGUCCGCCAGCCUUCAACGACGAAGCGACGGCUACUUACCUGAAGAUGAACUACUUCCUAUCUCCCGCUGCCUCCGAGUACAAACUCUCCGGCCACGUUGGCGAAACCGAUGCCUUUAUCGCUCUCCUUCAAUACAUUAAAGAAUACUUCAAAAACAAGCAAGGCGGUGUCUUCGUGGACCUGGGCGCCGGUGAUGGGGAGUACCACUCACUGACGUUACAGCUGGAGAAGAACCUGGGGUGGACGGGGCUGCUGGUGGAGCCUAAUCCUCGACUCUACAAGAUGCUGCUCAGAAAGGGUCGCAAGGCCAUGGUGACCAAUGCCUGCCUGUCUCCCUUUUCUUACCCAACCAUGCUGACGCUGUCUCAUCCGAGGGUUGAGGAGGGGGCGAGCAACGAGGUAGAGAUACUUGGCUUGACCAAGCUGGAACAACUCUGGACGAAAGACAAUGGUACACAAUACGAAGUGUUUGAGGCACAGAGUAUUCCCCUGGAGAACCUAGUGUACGCGGCCGGCAUCACCACCACCAUCGACCUCUUAGUGCUCGACAUGAGUGGCACUGACCUCGACCUGCUCAUCAACACCAAGCUCGAUGUUCUCCCGGAGUUUGAGAUGGUCGUAGUUUAUUCCCACGAAGUUAACAUUGGCAGCGACAUCGGGGGAUACUUCCUGGAAAGGAACAUGGUAAUCAAGAGGGUCUUCGGGAACACUAACAAGGACUCCGCCUACGUUCUCGUCAAGUUCGAUGCACAAAGAGACCUCUAAAGGAGU